GUCGAUGAUUCACUUGUUUUUCUUCCCCCUUCCGCACCUCUUUUCCCCGUCUCUUCUCCUGGUCGACGUCUGCGUCUGCGAACUCGAACUUUUGACUUGACGCUGCGAGACGAGGGCUUGAAUGCAGACUGCGUGCGUGCGCGCUCCGUCCGCUUGUGCGGGAGGUUUGUUGAUUUUUUGACUCGAAUACGGCUCAUCGUUCACUUGUUGACGAUAACCUCACUCAUCGCGUUGAGCUGCGACGCAACGCCCGCGCAACUUACUUUAUACAAUCUGAGGGGCUACAAUUUUAGGCCGCUAGCGCUCGAAUACUAGCAACGCCAACGCCCCAUCCCCUACGGCUGGGUUCUUUGGACCAUCGUCAUCGCCAUCAUCGCCAUCAUCACCACCACCAUCGUCAUCCUUCCCCAUCAUCAACACCCGCCAUGAAGCUCCCCUCGCUUGCCACGCUCCUCCGCCCCCCCGUGCAGACCCUCCCCCUCUUCCCGCACCUGCUCCUCCCCCUGGUGCUCCUCGCCGUCCUCGCCUGCGCCACCCUCUUCGCCCACUCCGACGUCAACGCCGCCCUGCUCUGGUCCCAGUGCCACGCCCGCGAGCGCCUGCCCCUCCUCACCGACGCCCGCCUCGUCCCCUCAUGGGUCGCCACCCCGGCCUGCUUCCUCGUCAGCUUCUUCGCCGAGGCCCUCGACGCCGCCCGCUCCCGCGCCGCCGUCGCGGAGCUGCUCGCCGGCGUGGGCGCCCUCAUGAGCGUCGCGACCGCCGAGUCGGCCCGCGCGUGCAACAACAACAACAGCAACGGCAAAAACCGGCGCGGCGGCAGGAAGCAACGCGUCGGCAAGCACGUCAUUGCGAGGCCGACGCCGUGGUGGCUGCUGUUCAACCUCGUCGGCGGGGCGCUCGUCUGGCAGGUGGUCAUCGUGCCGGCGUUUCUGCACCGCGCGCGGUCGUGGUUUGCGGGCGGCUCGCGCUCCGACGGCGAGGACGAUCCCAUGGGCGUGACGGCGCAGCAGCAGCAGCAGCGGCAGCAGCAGCAGGACGAAGAGGGGCGACGGGACGAAAAGGCGCUCGACACGGACCGCAGCGUCGCCGACGCGGAAAUCGUCGCCAUACCGCUCGCCGUCGCGCUCGGCUUCUACCUCCCCUCGGUGCUGAUGCUCACGCUGCGCUCCCCGGGUUCCGUCGCCGCGUGGCUGCCCUUUCCCGUGUACGUGUCGCUGCUGCGGCAGCUCGUGCGCUGGGCCGUGGGCAGGUUCCGCCGCUCAACGCCAGCGCGCGUGCACAUUGAGUAUGUCGGCGGCCGCAGCAGCAGCAGCCACAACAACAACAACAACAACGACGACAACGACGCCGACGGCCAGAGCAGGCACCGCCGGCAGCAGCAGCAGGGGAGAGCAAGCGGCGGCGGCACCAACAAGCCCCUCGCGGCGCUGUACGGCCUCCCCGCGCUGGCGUCGGUCGCGGCGCACGCGCUGCUGGCGGCCAACCUGGCGGCGGGGCGCGACGACCGGCGCGAGAUGACGCGCUCGGCCGUCAAGUUCCUCGAGGUGGACGCGCAGUUCCUGGCCCUGACGGUGCUGUACUGGGUGUUCGCCGAGGUGGGCUGGCGGGCGCCGGCGACGAUGCUGCUGGUGGGCGCGGUGCUGGGGCCGGGCGCGGGGGUGUGCGCGGGGUGGGUCGUCCGCGAGAGGCUGCUGCGGGAGGCGCUGAGGGGGCUGCUGGGUGGUGAUGAUGAGGGUGAGGGUGAGCUGGUGGAGGACGAGGAUGAGGAGAGGGAAGACGAGGGACAGCGGCGGGGGAGGGGGGAGAGGGAGCCGCUGCUGGGAUGAUGGGCGGUGGAUGAGGUUGAGGAUGAAGACUCGGAGGCAGGCAGGGGGUACGUAAUGAUAAUGGUGGAUUUGGUUCCUAUGCGAUGUAUGGAGUGGUGGUGGCACGAUGAGCAUGCGCUGAUGAGCUUGGAUGUCCUGUCAUGUCUGCUUUGAUAUAUCCUAGCCCUUUGUCUCCUUCUGGCCUACUAGCUGGUGCGUGGUCCAUAGUCGAGCUGGGAAGUAAUGUCUGCGUUACACUACCUAGCAGCACCUGUUCUGGUCAAGGCUUGCUGACACGUCUUUGGUGGGCUUGGAUGUAUUUAUAUUGCAUGGCGUUGAG